UUUGUUUAUUUAUACGAUCCAUCUUCAUGAUUUUUCUUUAACCUAUCAGUGUUCACUUUUUAUGAUCAUCCAGCAGCUGCCUCUUGCUUCUCGAAAUCUCUCACUCUCCGGCCCCCUUCUUCUUUUGAAUUCUCCUUUCAAAUUCUUCGUUGUUCCACAAGUCUUCUGCAGCUGGGGUAGCAAGAACUUUAUAGACAUCAGUUAAAAUAUAUCAGAAUAUAUAAACAUGGGAGACUCUGCUUCAUACAUCCACUUGGUGCACCAUUUAAUCGAGGAGUGCAUCAUAUUCAACAUGAGCAAAGAGGAGUGCAUGGAAACCCUCUCUAAGCAUGCAAACAUAAAACCCAUCAUUACCUCCACAGUGUGGAAGGAGUUAGAGAAGGAGAACAGAGAGUUCUUUGAGGCCUACACAAAGAGCAGGGAAGCAGGAUCCUCUGAGAUGGUCACAAAGCAAAGAAUCCAGAAGAUGCUUUUUGAUCUUACCCAGAGCGGCGACAACUCCACCACCACCGACGACGACGGUGAUGAAUCUGAAUCUGAUGACUAGUAGUCCCCUUGAUUUUUUCUUUUUUAUGCAGAAAACGAUCGAUAAGAGAUGGCCUUUUUGGCUUUAAGUGGUAUAAAUCUGUAACAUCAGGGAAAAAGUCGCUAAAAACGAGAGGCAAAAUAACAAGUUGUCCAGGACAAUACAAAGGGCAAAUCCGGAUGGAGCAUACGACGUCGUCGUGUAGCAGUCAUCAAUAGUAGUUGGGAAUUGUGGUUUGUAAACCCUUGAGACUUGAGACUGCCUGGGUGGCUGGGGUUAGCUACGUGGCGCACACGUGGCAGAGCCCGAUGUGCCCCAUUUGCCUUCAUUGUGUAUGUGUCUCCCCAUGCAGAUACUGUACUGAUUUGUAAAUGUAAAAUUUUAGAGCUAUGAAUUCUGCAAAUUCCUUUUUCCUCUUUUUUUU